AUGCUGGUCAAGGAGUACCGCAUACUCCUGCCGAUGACUGUCGAAGAGUAUCGUAUAGCGCAGCUUUACAUGAUACAGAAGAAGAGUCGUUUGGAUUCGCAUGGCAAGGACAGCGGUGUGGUGAUUCUUAGCAAUAAGCCGUAUAAGGAUGGUCCAGGCGGUUCCGGACAAUACACAUUCAAAAUCUACCAUAUCGGCAGUAAAAUACCUGUAUGGAUUCGAAGUAUUCUCCCCACGAGUGCGCUUGAAGCCCAUGAAGAGGCAUGGAAUGCAUAUCCAUACACUAAAACAAGGUAUUCAACACCAAUGAUGGACAGAUUCAGUCUGGAAGUGGAAACGAUCUACUUCAAUGACUCUGGUACCCAGGACAACGUCUUCAAACUUACUCCAGAAGAAUUGAAAAAUCGAAUUGUUGACAUUAUGGAUUUUGUUAAGGAUCCAAUCCCGUCCCAUGAUUACUGUCCAGAAGAAGACCCUAAACUCUAUCGUAGUCAAAAGACUGGUCGUGGACCACUUGGGGACGAUUGGGUAAAGGAAUUUGUUAGAUCCGGAAAGCCAGUGAUGUGUGCGUAUAAAAUGUGCAAGGUGGAGUUUCGAUACUGGGGGAUGCAGACCCGUGCCGAGCGCUGGAUCCACGAUCUUGCACUUCGGAAUACGAUGCUUCGAGCACAUCGACAAGCAUGGGCUUGGCAGGAUGAAUGGGUUGGACUGAACAUGAUCGACAUCAGACGGCUAGAAGCAGAAGCGGCCGAGCAUCUUUCUGCAAUGAUGGCUAAAGAGGCGGACGAGAACGUUGAGGAUUCGGACGCAUCAUCAGAUGACGUUUAUUUCGACUGCAGUGAUGGCUCAUCUUUACGUCAUAAACCGUCAAUUAUUCGAUGGAGUUCCGAACUCGAAUUGGAAGUUGUGGACGAACAUUCCCCACCACUUACACCUCAUAGUGCUACGGGUGCUGCUUUGUUGAUUAUGGUGUUUCAUGGUGAAUUUUGUCCAGAUAAUCCGGUGGACACGAAAGCAACGGAUACAACGACCUUUAAAUCCACAAUAGAUUCACUUGUCCAACGACACUACCCUCAACUACGUGGGCGGGUUCACUUGUUGAUGGUCUCAUGUGGAUCUGAACUUGAUUCUGUGGUCAAUCGACUCUCUUCUAUCUCCUCUUCAUUUGGAGCCCUCCUCCCAUCUCUUUCACUUAUCAUAUCAAGUGCUCAGGGACUAUAUUAUGAGGCAAUAGAAAGUACGAUACGGCGUGCAAAUGAGACGUACAGCGAGUUUAUCGAGUCCCAACCGCAGUUCAAUGGAGAAGUUUUUGUCGUUGGCGAUUCUUUGGGAGGUCUGCUGCUUUAUGAAGCGAUGACAAAAUACGACAUUCCAAUUCGUCAAUCAAGCGUCCGAUCGAAAACACCAUUGGAAGGAAUUGAUGAGAUCUCGGAUCAUUCAAACCAAUCGGUACACUCUGACGUAUCGAACCACAGAUCACCAAAAUCACCUCGAAACAGCUUAUUACCCUGUCCUAGUGUCAAGAAAAAGAUCUCGCUAGGAUCAGCUUCUCUGGAUAGCGUGGCUGUUCAAUCUCGUCUACUUUUCCAACCGUCUACUGCUUUCCUGCUUGGAUGCCCAUUAGGACUGGUUCUGAUGCAAAGGAAACUGGCUGGAUACGAUAUCGAACCGCUGGAAUCCUGCCAACUGUUCAAUCUAUACUACUCUCUGGAUCCAUGUGGAUCCCGUCUGGAACCGGUGCUGAACCAACAUCUCAGUCUUCUAGAGCCAGCUAAUGUUCCGAGAUACCAGAGAUAUCCGCUAGGCGAUGGACGCCCGCUCUCUUAUGAUUCCUCUGUGGAUCUUACUCACCUAUGGGGUAAUAAACGCAUAGAUCAUGUCUUGUACUGUCCUACAGCGAUGGUUGCGUUGCCGUCAUCAGCUUUACCGAACAUUCUCCAUGCAUCUUACUGGGAAUCACUUGAUACAGCUGCUUUCGUGCUCCGCCAAUUCGUGAGGAGCGAAGAAACGGUGACCACGACGUUAUCGGCCAGCUUGAAUCAUCUUCCCCUGAAAAUCGAGUUACCACCGCUGCAAUGGAAGAGGAGGAGGACGAGGUUCAAGGUAGCUAAUCUAUCGCCAAAUCAUCGAGCAAAUGAUGUGUUGGUUGUUGCUGGCAGUGAACUGAACGUAACAGCGAAGUUCUGCUAUGGACCUAUGGAUCUGGCUGCGCUAACCAGAGAAUUAGUCUCAGUAUUUGUUUGCCCUCAAAGGGGAGAUUGGUUUGAGGUUGGUACGUUUGAAACUGAUUCUCAUGGACGACUUAUGGUCUCUCUGGGGACCUCGUUGCCGUGUGGAAUUCAUUCAGUGAAGAUGGUUGUCCAUGGUGAUCGUUCAUACUUGGAUUCGUUUGUGGCAGUUGUCCCUGCAACGACGAGGUGCGUGGUGUUCUCAGUGGACGGGUCACUCACAGCUUCUGUUUCCGUUACCGGCAAAGAUCCAAGAGUUCGUCCAGGUGCGGUGGAUGCUGUGCGAUAUUGGCAUGAACAGGGUUAUGUGAUCCUCUACCUCACCGCUCGUCCAGACAUGCAACAAAGGGUUGUUUCUGCGUGGUUAGCGCAGCAUUGCUUUCCUUAUGGUCUUUUGUUAUUUAAUCCGUCCUUUUCCACCGAUCCCCUCAAACAAAAAUCACUUCAUCUUAAACAUAUAAUUGAUAUGGGAAUAAGGAUACAUGCUGCAUAUGGAAGCAGUAAGGACGUAGCUGUUUAUUGCGGCGCUGGAGUGGAACAAAGCAGGAUCGUUUCAGUUGCUGGAAGUCGGCGGAGAGUUUGUGUUUUUAUAGAAAGUUAUGCACAACAUCUGGAAGAACUUAACAAAGAGAAGUCUCCGCUAUCUCAACCGGUUGAGAUGUCUGAACAGAUCGAUGCUCUUGGACUUCCAGCGUCACAUCGAAACGUUCAACGCACAGCAUCGUUAACUCCGCGGGGCGGCAGACUUGAACAGGAACGCCGGUGA